UAAAAACGUCCAUCUCUAUUGAGCCGUAGACAAACAACAAAAAUAAACAAAGAAUUAAUCUUCUCUUAUGUUUACUACAAAACAAAUAUGAGGUGUACAUAAAUAGCGAUAAAAUCAUGGAGGAUUUGUGCCGAAUUUGCGGCGGACACUCCAAAUCAUUGGUGGGCAUAUUCGACGAGCAGGAGAGGCAGAACUUUGAAGGAGGAGGAGAACCAAAUCUCGCCGAGAUGGUCAGGACAUGUGCCGACGUCCAGUUGGAUCCUGAAGAUUCCCUGCCGCAAAAAAUCUGCAUUGCCUGUGUCCACGAUGCACGAACCGCCUACGGAUUCAAACGAAGAUGCGAGGAAAGCUACAGGAAGUUCUACUCCGCGUUAAGUAAACACAAGAUUGUCAAGGAGGAACCGAACGAAGACUACCUGGUAAUUGAGGAACUAUUUGACGGAGAUCUGGAAGCGAAGGAGGAGUUUAUUGAGGAAACUCCCCCGAGCACACCUGCCAAAGAAGAUUCACCUAUAAUUGCUGCCAAAAAGAACAAACCAAAAGUCACAAGUAGAGCAAGCAGACAGCCAAAAGCUAGAAGAAACCUGCCCAUCAAGUGCGAGCUCUGCAUCAAGGAGUUCAAGCACCCAAGAAACCUCCUGGAACACAUGAAAGUCCACAGCAAUUCCCACGUAUGCCAAAACUGCGGAGAGCGUUUUCUGUUCAAAGCCGAUCUGGACAAGCACGUUUGCUAUCACACCAGCGAUUCCACCGUUGAGUGCCGUGUUUGCCUGAAGGUCUUUUCAAAUACCCAAAGCCUGGACAAGCACAAAUGCCAGGAGAUGAAGGAACGGAUCUUCCAGUGCCCUCACUGCCCACAGACCUUCACCCAGGAGCAGCAGCUCCAGGCCCACCUGCUGAGCCACCCGGAUUCCAGCCAGAGCAACGGGCCACACAAAUGCUCGUAUUGCGACGCGGGAUUCUUCAACAAGUCCGCCCUCCAGGUGCACAUCCACGCCCACAUGGGCGAGCGGCCGCACUCCUGCCCCUUCUGCGCCUCCAACUUCCGUUCGAAGCAGGCUCUCAAGGUCCACAUCCGCACGCACACCGGCGAGAAGCCCUACAAGUGUCCACAUUGCCAAAAGAGCUUCUCGGACAACAAUAACCUGGCCAAGCACCGGCGACGCCACACGGACGAAAGGCCCUACAAGUGCUCAAUCUGCCUGCAGGAAUUCCGGGAGAAGCACCAUCUAAAGCGGCACUUUCUGGGCAAGCAUCGGGAUGGCGACCAGCAACUGGAGUUGGAGUGAUACGUCUAACGUCGG